CCCCUCGCGUAUCCCACGAAACUUUCUUCUUUUUAUCUUUCUCUCUGUUGCUUCACGCAUAGCAAUAUCCAAUCACACGCCCUUCACGUUGCGCAUUGAUCUUAAAAAAAAACAAACCAUUUUUUGCUUCCUACUUUGUGCACUAACUUGUCCCAUCUCUUCUUCAGAUGUAACCAGUGUUGUUCUGAAUUCUCACCUACUUUAGAUUCGCUACUGAAUCUUUUUGUGUUCUCGUAGGUGGUAGGAAUCAAGUUCAGUGAAUUAGGUUUUUCUUUUUCUUUUUUUUGACGAUGAAUUCGAAUUUCUCUGGAGUGGUCAACGGUUUCGAGUAUUAUGAUGUUGGUUUCUUACCAAAUCAGAAUCCUAAUCUCGGCUUCGGUGUUCCUUCCUCGAGCGACUUCGAUCUCCGUUUAGAUCAUCAUCAUCAACCUUCAAUUUGGGUUCCCGCAACACAACAAGUUCAAGAUUUUGAUAUUCAUCAUUAUCAUCAACAACAACAACAGAAAUACUCUCCUCCAGCUGAUGAGAUUGAUUCCGAAAACACCCUCUUGAAAUACGUAAACCAGCUCCUUAUGGAAGAAGAGACUCUCGCGGACGCGGAGCAGACCACGUUGUUCUACGAUUCUUUGGCUCUACGACAAACCGAACAAAUGUUGCAGCAAGUCAUCAGCGACUCACAUGCUCAAUCUCCUUGUGCUAUCCAUCCUAAUUCGAUUACUAGCAGUUGCUGUAGCAGUACUACUACUACUACUGGUGGUGGUAGUGGUAAUUACUGGAGCAGUAACAGCAAUUCUAGUAUCGGGUUCGAGACAGCAGGUAAUUCUACUGAGUAUUAUGAUGAUGCUGUCCGUGAUACUGUGUCGUUUCAAGGGCCAAACACGUUUCGUGGUGGAUUCGUACAGCCAGCGAGUGAGAUUCUCGUCAGGAGUAUGUUUACUGAUACAGAUUCAGUUAUGCAGUUUAAGAAAGGCUUGGAGGAAGCUAGCAAGUUUCUUCCUAACACCGAUCAAUGGAUCUUCAAUCACGACCAACACGAGGUGAAAGAAGACAGAGUGAUCUCGAGAGCUAGGAGGAAAAAUCGUCACCACGAAGAAGAAGAAGAAGAUCUAGAGGAAGCUAGGAGCAGCAAACAAUCAGCAGUCACCGUCGAAGAAGACGGUAAACUAACGGAGCUCUUCGACAAAGUCCUCCUCCUCGACGGCGAAAGCGACCCGCACGUCAUCGAAGACGGCGAGAGCGUUUCGAGCAAGCCUCAGGUCCCCAAGAAAGAAGGAGGCCGCACCAAAAGAAAGUCCCAAGCGUUCGAUUUCCGCACGCUCCUCACUCUCUGCGCGCAGUCCAUCUCGGCCGGGGACAAGAUCACGGCCGACGACUUGCUAAGGCAGAUAAGGAAGCAGUGCACGCCUCUGGGAGACGCCUCCCAGAGGCUGGCCUACUUCUUCGCGAACGCGCUCCAGGCGCGUCUGGAAGGUAGCUGCUCUGGAGCUACGAUCCAGAGCUACUACGAUUCCAUCGCAUCCAAGAAACGAACGGCCGCUCAGAUCCUCAAGUCCUACCACGUGUUCUUGUCUUCCUCUCCGUUCAUGACUCUGAUCUAUUUCUACUCCAACAAGAUGAUUCUCGACGCGGCUAAAGAUGCCUCCGUGCUUCACGUGAUAGACUUUGGGAUCCUCUAUGGCUUCCAGUGGCCUAUGUUUAUACAGCACGUGUCGAAGAGCAAGAACGGGCCGAAGAAGCUGAGGAUAACGGGUGUAGAGCUUCCUCAGAACGGGUUCCGUCCCACGGAGAGGAUAGAGGAUACGGGGAGGAGACUCACGGAGUAUUGCAAAAGGUUCGGUGUACCGUUCGAGUACAACGCUAUCGCGUCCAAGAACUGGGAGACGAUACGUUUGGAAGAGUUCAAGAUCCGACCAGACGAAGUUCUCGCGGUGAAUACUGCUCUCAGGCUCAAGAACCUCAGGGACGUGACUCCGGGAGGGGAAGAGGAUUGUCCUAGAGACGGGUUCUUGAAACUGAUCAGAGACAUGAAACCCGACGUGUUCCUCAGCUCGACGGUCAACGGGUCUUUCAACGCGCCUUUCUUCACCACGCGGUUCAAAGAAGCUCUGUUUCAUUACUCGUCGCUCUUGGACAUGUUCGGUUCGACGCUCUCCAAGGAGAACCCGGAGAGGAUACAUUUCGAAGGGGAGUUUUACGGGAGGGAAGUGAUGAACGUGAUCGCUUGCGAAGGAGUUGAUAGGGUGGAGAGGCCCGAGACUUACAAGCAGUGGCAGGUGAGGAUGGUGAGAGCUGGGUUUAAGCAGAAGCCUGUGGAGGCGGAGCUUGUGGAGUCGUUUAGGGUGAAGAUGAAGAAGUGGGGUUACCAUAAAGACUUUGUGCUUGAUGAAGAUAGCAAUUGGUUCUUGCAAGGUUGGAAAGGUCGCAUCCUGUUCUCUUCUUCUUGUUGGGUCCCUUCUUAGCUUUUUUUUUGUGUUACAGUCAAAUAUGUAACACUUAAUUUUGUAUUUAAUGUUUUGUUUGUUUCUUCUUCUACUUGGUUUUCCUUUGCUCUGUCUGCAACAUGUCAUUUUAUGUAUCACAUGUUGAAAGCAAUAAGAGGUUAACUGGAUUUUUAGUACAGAAACUAAAUCAAAUCAGGUAGUGAAGUCUGCAUGUUGUAUGACUUGUAUCUAGUAGAUAGAUAAAACAUGAUGCACUGUUUUUUUUUUGUGGUCAAACAAACAUAAUGCAUUGUCUUGUUAUUGCCUUCCAUAUAAUUUACAUUGAGUAACCAUUUGGAUGUCUGUGUCGGAACCACAUGUGGCUCAAGCGGUGGAGCACCAUCAUCCUCCGCAGGCUUCACCGUUACAGGCCCCUCCUGGCUCUUCUUCUCUGUCUCUUCAAAUCUGGAUUUAAACCUGUCGCAAUUUGUCGUCUCACCAGACUUAAACAGGCGUUCACCUAAAACUUUAGCAAGAUCAUCCUAAUGCAGAACCUCCUUUCUCAAGCAAUGGCUCAGCGAUCUGAGCCAUUUGCUCUUUGUGUUCCUCUAUUAUCUCAACCGUUAGCUUGUAAGCUUUGGCCACCCACUCUCGGAUCUCAUCUAUCAUUGCACAGAGUCAAAGUUUGGAUCUUUAUAGAGUUUUGUUGAAAGAGACUGUAAGAUGAUGCUUGGGAGACAAGACACCAACGCGUUUGACUCUCGCAUAUAUUGUUGCUCCCUGGUUAAUUGUAACUGGUUUGUUAUCUUCAAUUUUAACCCAGCCGGUUAUUCUUUAUAUCAGAUCCAUUCCAAACCGUGGUUCGGUCAAUGUAUGAUUAGAGGCGAAGAUAAUUAAAUG